ACAACAUCAGAGGUGGACGUUAAACAAAUAAUUUUAAAUACAUUUUAAUAUUUUUGUCUAGAUAAUCCACUUUGUCGAAUAUUUGACACUUAAGUAAAACGUUACUUGUUAUCGGGCGUUUCUUAUCUUUUCAUCAAAAAAGGUUUCGCUGACGUAUUCGUUCGAGACUCGAUUCGAAUUGAAUUUUGUUUUCUCUCUCCAAUCGUGCCAACAAGCACAGCCGUCGUACGAAUAUCACUAGAAGAGUAGAAAGUUUCCCGCACACUUUGAGAAAUACUCGGUUUUGGUUCUCGUGCGAACAAAAAAAUUUUUACAAAAGUCCUGUCGUAUGAACGGAAAAUAUUAAGAAUUUGCCAUCGUGUUCGGUGGCAUCGACGAGGUGAAUCGUUGACGCUUUGAUCAGCGUUUGAACUGGCCCUAAAAAUCUCCGCCAUUGAAUUGCCGCGGCUGUGAAUCGGCGAAGAAGGUGCGCGCUCUCGAGAUCCUUCAUAUACAAACACCGUGGUUCUGUUCGCUGUAUUCCACGCCAUGUCUACAAUUUGUCGGAAGAGUAGGAGUGCAGUAGCAGUGACAGGUCAAACGGCGAACGGCGAGAUUACUUAAUAUUCGCACGACACGCGACGAGGGUUUCCUGUAUCGAAAAAACGUCGUGAUAUAUCUCCACGGUUGUUGGUUUUUCUUCUGGCUGUUUAUUAUCGUCGGCAGUGAAGUGCUAUUUGGUGGUUUCGCGGGGAUAGCAGAGCUCGCGGAACAAGCAGAGACCGAACGCUGAGAAACUGAAAAUAAUGGAGAUGGACGAAUGCUCAGCUGGUGGAGAUAGCGGAGCAGAGGAAGACGAAGAUGAUGCAUCUUCCCAUGGAUCUAGAAGCAACAGUAGUAGCAGCAGCAUCAGUGGAAGCAGUACAUCCACAGACAGUGGAGACGACAGCGGAGAGGAUCAUGGUUCUAGUGGCAGCGAAAGUCACAGUUCUGGAGAUGAGGAUGAAGAUGAAAACGAUAAUACGGAAUAUUCUAUGAAAGCAGACAGUCCCGAUACAGUGAAAUGGGAGACUUGCAUCGCCUCGAAUACAAAGGUGAAACUGCCUCAAGAUUUGUGCGAACAUUCGCCGAUUUUUAAAGAAUUUCUAGACUACCCUUAUAUUUGGAACGAAUGCUUGACCGAGAAUCAAAGGGAGACGCUGUGCAGCCUUUUGCCAAGCUUCCCAAAGGACUGCGACGUCGAGGCUGAAACAGAAAAGACUCUGCGUAUGCUGUUUGAUAGAGAAAAUCAGAGAUUCGAUGUAGCACCACUAGACGCGUUUCACACUCACUUGUCCGCUGGGCACUAUCGCCCAGACAUCAGAAGGAUGUGUGGUCUGGUACGCAAGGCGCAGCAAAGGCGAUUGUUGUUCGAAGAACGAAAGCGAUCGUACGAACUGGCCAGUCAGUUGUUAAAGUCUAGAGAGAGCUUGUUGUUGAACGCAUACAAGCAGGGUUUCAGUCAGCCAGCGCAGAGAACGGUGUCGAAAGUCCAGUGGAGGAAACCGAAGCCUGCUAUGGUUGAAGAGAAAACGCAACUGCGCUAUUUGGAGGAACUGAAUGCGCUGAGGACAGAGCUCGGAGCAAAUGCGAAGCUAGUGGCGGACACGACAUCCGAGAACGAGGAGAACUAUCCGUAUUAUCAGCUCUCCGGGGCCAAGCAGAAGAAGAAGAGGCGUUCGUUCAUGACUGCCCAGGGCUUGUCCAUCAGAGGCUUGCAAAUGAACCACGAGGACGAGACGAUUCGACCCGUUUUCUCCACUCUGCAACGAGCAGAGUACUCUACGAAUAGAUCGUUGUUCAUUCGCGAACAGACAGAGGAAAUGUACCGUGAAAUGCUGCUCGAGCAUAAAAAACGAAGAGCGCGGCGCGAUAUUCAUCCAGAACUGAACACCCAAGGUAUCGCUCUCGCCGAUCUCACUCAAAGGGCACAAGUCGGUCAGAAACACAAAUUGCCCAUCGGUCCAACCAUGCGCAUCACGCCAGUGAAGAAACGAAUUAAACUAGAACCAUCGCCCCUAUGCCCACCAGCACCGAGAUUAAUCAAUUCGAAUUCGAUAAAACAUGAGAGCGACAACAGCGACUACUCUCACACGACGGACGACAAUAGACAUUCCAACGCAUUGGACAUGGAUCACAGGAUGCUCACGCCGAUCAAAUCGGAGCCCAUAGACGCGUACGAAAUGCAUCAGAUAUCGAAGAAGAAAUUGAGUCCCGCAACAUCGAGAGGCAGCAAGUCUUCGGUGAUGUCUACGCCAGAGAUUAAGAAAGAAGUGGAAGACAUGGAGUACGAAGACAUUAAAACGGAACUCAGCGGUGUGAACGAAGACGUUCCUCCCGAAACAGAGGAAGACGAGGAGAACGAUAAGAAGGAACUCGAUUUGGACAGCAUCGACAUGAUGCAAAUACCGAUUCAAUUGGACGACGGAAUCGAUAUACUGGACGACGUCAAAUGCGAGGACGAAGGCGUGAUAUCGAUACCGGAUAAAGAAUUAAACGUUCAAGGAAACGACGAUGCUAUGGACAUUAGCAGUGGAGCAGAGCUAAUGCAGGAAACGCAUGCUUGUUUCUUCUCGUUGUUAAGAGACGCUUUCACCUCGAAGGGCGAGUUCAGAAUGAGCGGAGUGGAAAUGAAAGAAGCUGUCACGCAGUGGCAAGGGAACCCUAUUUCGCCAUUGAACGAUUGGUACUCGUUCGCGUCUUCUUGGACUGCGUUGGUCCCAUUGGCUUUGGGGUUUCUUGCCGGAGAAUUCACUUAUUCUCAAGAAUUGGGUGACCGACAAGAACGCGAACCAGAACUCGUCCCCUACUUAGAGAACAAAGGAAACGGAGUUUACGCGUGGAUUGGCGCUGGACGCGAUUCGGAUUCACGUCUGUCAGAUUUAUGCACGAAAUUCUUGUUACACAAAGAUUCAUUAGGUCCGCCAACAUCCGCGGUCUGCUCCGUGACAGCUGUGAAACAGCAGUCUCAAAUGACGCAGUCUAGCAAUAGUAACAUUAACAACAGUAACGUUGGUAACAUUUCCGGAAACGGAAAUACAAAUGCGACAAGCUGUAGAGCUAGCAGUCCUGUCAUAGAAUCGAUCAACGUCGACGGAGGAUCUAUUAACAGCGUCGCAGAAUGGGAACCUCCUCGCGCUCUUUGGCCUACCGAAUGGAAAGUUCGUCCUUCCACACCGGAAGAACGCGACGAGUUUAGAAGACAGGAACGAAUGCGUUACGCUGCACCUCAUAAAGCGUUUACUUACAGAAUGCACGGCUACGCGUCCGUCGUGGGUCCGGUGAAAGGCAUUUAUCAACAUAACGUCGCUUCUGGAUUGACCAAGGCUCGCGGACACUCGUUACUGGUGGCUGAUCGACCAAAUUUUGUUACGAUCUUGGCAUUGGUGAGAGACGCCACUGCGAGGCUCCCUAACGGCGAAGGGACUCGAGCCGACAUUUGUCAAUUGCUAAAGGACUCCCAGUACAUCAGAGAACAAACGGACAGCGACGACAAGGAAGGAUACCUGCAUUCGGUCGUGUCUGGUGCUUUGGACAGAUUGCAUUACGAAACAGAUCCUUGCGUUCGGUAUUACCCCCGUCGCAAAGAGUGGUUGUAUCUUCAUCGUGCGCGCUCGGAGUCUGAAUUCGAAAUGUACCAUCAACAGUUGCAAGGUGUCGCGAAGAACAAGAAGAACGUUGGUAGCAUGUCGCGAAACAAAACGUUGCCACCGGUUAUAAAGCCUACUAAUAUUAACAAGGAGCAGUCUCCGAUUAGCAGCAAAGAAAGUACGCCUAAGAAAGAAAGAAAAGCCGCGACCACCGCGCAGCCUGUUAUAUCUAGAAAGGAGCAGAAGAAAACCGAAGAAAAGGUUGUCGUCGAUCAUUCGGUCUCGACCGAGCAGCCUGUUGUCCCUACGAACGUGGCGACGACGAUCAGCGCUACUACGACUUCGGCCGUCUCCGUAACAGGAACUACCGUCCCCGUUACCACUCACACGAGUAUACCUACCUCCAUAAGCACUGUGACCGUCGAAAAGGACAUAACGAGUAACGAAAUAGCGAAACCACAGAUUACAACCACGGUCCCAGCGAAAAAGGUGACCAACAUCAGUGGAAAACCUGUCGCUGUCGUGAAGACAAACGCUCAGAGCCUGUUACAGUCGAAUCAGCAACACUUUCCUCAUCAUCAAAUUCAAGUGUCGACCUCUGCAGGCUUGCAAACUAUACGAUUGUCUGGACAUUCUGUGCUGCACUCCGCCCAAUCCGUUGCAUCCAACAGCGCCUCCAGUAACGCAUCAAAUGUGACCACCAAUUUGACGACGAUAUUCCCUCAAGCCAAAGUACAGAAUCAACAGCAGCAGCAACAAUCCCAGCAACAGCAGCAACAGACGAUCGUAACGAAUCAAGCGGGAAAAAGCAUUUUGCAGACCGCCAAUAUAAAGCAACAACAGAGUCAGCAGCAACACGUGUUACCUGGGAAGACUUUGCUGGCCUCGCAGAUCAAGUUGGUUAGUUCGGGACAAAUUAAAUCGCUCCUCACGGGUCACGGUUUACAAGGUCAGACGAUAUUUAUCAAACAGUCGUCGCCUUCCGGCAAUCAAACGCAGCAGUUGCAGCAGCAACAACUGAAGCAACAGCAACAGCAUCAGCAACAACAGAUCCAACAGCGCGUCGUAGCCAAUCAACAACAGUCGAUUCAGACGUCUGGCAUGCAACGUAUAAUAGCACAGAUCGGAGGAAAGCCGAUCGCGGUCCAAAUACAGCAGUCCCCGCAUCAACAACAGCAGCAACAGCAACAAAAGAUCCUAGCGAAGGUUUUAACUAGUUCAGGCGGCGGUCAACUCAUCUCUGUGGAGAGUCUUCUCGCGCAGAAGGGAUUGAAAUUGGCAACCACUAGUCACGCUAAUCAACUCAACAGGCAAGGCAAGCAGGUCAUACAAACCCAAUAUCAGAUGGUAUCGCAAGCGCAGUCGUCCUCGGGGCAAUCCAAGAUCAUAGUCAGUACGCAGCAACAACAACAGUCGCAGCCCCAGACGGUGCGUAUGGUGACGGCUCAGUUGGCUGGAAAACCUAUAGUGUUGGCUAGCGGCAACAAAAACGUCGGAGUAGGUGUGAGCACCAGCGGAAGCGUGGUUCUGGGAAAACAGCAGUCGUCACAACAGCAAACGCAACAACAGCCCAUCAUCCUACCGAGCCAGUUGCUCAACAUCAAGACGCUGCACGGUCUAAAAGUGAUACCGACUCCGACAGGCCUGAAAACCACCGGUGCAGCGGUUUACGCACGAGUGAUAGCUCCCACGACCAUAACCUCGACUCAGUCCACUGGGAACCAACAGCAGCAACAGCAACAGCAACAGCAACAGCAACAGCAGCAGCAACAGCAGCAGCAGCAGACCAUUCAAGCUCAACAACAAUCGAGAAACAACUCCUACAGCACGCCCUGACAGAAUUGACGCGUCAUUUUAUUGUUUUGCAUUAUUCCGUUCUCUCGUUCAGUUUCGUCUCCUGGAGUAGUCUCGGAGUUUCGUGGCAAACUAGAACCGAAUUCGAAUGUAAAAAGAAAGGUAAAAGAAGAAUUAAGAAAAAGUUACGAAGGACUACCGUACUGACAGGUCUGCGUCGUUGCGCACAGUUUCCGUGCAAAUUCGAGUCAACAAGGUGAAAUAAGAAUACAGGCGGGUCAUUGUUGGCCUUCUUUUUUUGUAUUAAGUGUCGAAUUAUUUACAAAUGCAUGGUACGAUUUUAAAUAUAAAAACACCGUUUUCUCUCA